CUUAGCUCCAGUCCUAUGCUGGCUUGAUCAACGAGAAUAGCGAGAUACUCCCUUCUCAUUCUGUCUAGCAAAUGUCCCUUUAGUUUCUCUCUCAAGAAAACAAGUCAGCUAUGUCUUGAAGAUCAGGCGAGGACCAGAAAAGAAGGUGGGAGUGUGAGGAGAGCAGUGUUGUAAAGGAGAAGGGCGACGAACGAGACAAAAGAGGCUGCGGCUGCAUUGAAUGUGGUGGUGUCCGACUCAGAACCCACAUAGUACAACCUAGCCACAUUUGCUUUUUAUUCUAGGUGAGAAUACACCGGGGAGGGGAGUAUUUACGAGAAGAAAAGGUGCCAUUUUACUCAUUCGAAGUGCGUAGUCACGAGGCCUCUAAACAUUUAGUCGUGGACUGGGUGCAUCUUUACUACAUCGAAUGUUAUUUGUCUGUGGGUUGAACAUAGACCAGAACAAAGGGAGUCUUGAGCAAGGAAUUAGCGAGCCGAGACUAGCUUUGCCAUUACUGCCUCUGAAACCAAGCCAAAUGCGUCUCUGAAACCGACAAUAUAACGUCUUCUCCAUUUCUGUCCUUUUUUGCCCAUAAGAGAGGAAGAUUUUUUUUAAGAAUUCGGCACCCAGAAUGUUUCCUCAAAACCGACCUCCGGCACCUCUCCAGCCACCCCCUGGGUCUUCAGCGUCUGCGGCGGCAGCUGCAGCCUCGGGAGCCCCCCAGGCCCUAAAGCUCACCUACCCAGAGACCCUGGACCGCAUCAAGGAGGAGUUCCAGUUCCUCCAGACCCAGUACCACAGCCUGAAGAUGGAGUGUGAGAAACUGGCCACAGAGAAGACUGAGAUCCAGAGACACUAUGUUAUGUAUUACGAGAUGUCCUACGGCCUUAAUAUUGAAAUGCACAAACAGACGGAGAUCGCCAAGCGCCUGAAUGUGAUCUGUGCCCAACUCAUCCCUUUCCUGUCACAGGAGCACCAACAACAGGUGGUCCAGGCCAUGGAGCGCGCCAAGCAGGUGACUAUGGGGGAGUUAAAUGCAUCGAUAGGGCAACAGCUGCAGGCGCAGCACCUCUCCCAGCACGUGGCCCAGGGUUUGCAGGGUCUGCACAGUAUGCAAAUGGGGCCCCAUCCUGGGGGCCUCCCUCACCCUGGCCUGGCACUGGGCGGAGGGUCCAGCCUCUUGGCUCUGUCUGGGGCCCUGGGGGCCCAGCUGGCUGCCAAGGAGGGCCACGAGAGGGCCCACCUGGAGGCUGCCGCUGCUGCAGCCGCCGCAGAGCACCACAGAGGCUGGCUGCGGGGACGCGGGGCGAUGCUGCCCAUCAUGGACGUAGACCGUGAAGCGGGACCGAGCUCUAUGUCCAACGGGGAUAAGGGCCGUACAGCAGACUACCUCAGCAACGGGAAGAAGAGGAGGGCAGACGAGAAGGAGUUCAUGACGGACUAUGGCAGCGAUGCGGAUAAGAGUGAUGAUAAUUUGGUGGUGGAUGAGGACCCCUCGUCCCCCCGCAGUGUCCACUCCUACUCGUCUCGAGAAAACGGCCUGGACAAGUUGCCCCCGUCUCGUAAAGACGCCCCUCCCCAGGCCAGCCCUGCGUCCCUGGCCUCCUCCAGCAGCCAAGCCUCCCCCUCCCGCAGCAAGGACCGGGAGCCACCGAGGGAGAAGUCCAGUACCCCAGGUAUGAAGCCAGGCACCCCCCACAGUUCCCAGGACUCCUCCACCCCCGGCCCCAGUGCACCCCCACAGUUCCGGCCCGUCCCUGGCAAACCUGGCGUUGACCCUCUGGGUAAAACCAAGAACAUCAUGGAUCACAUGUCUCUGGGUCUGAGGAACCCUCUGGCGGUGCAGGGAGCGUAUCCCCCCGGGGCAUUUAGCCUGCCCCCUCCAGGAGUGAACGGGGAGCUGGCAGGGGCAGCGGCAGCCUAUGGGGCGGGGCUCCAUCUGGUCUCCCCCCAGAUGAACGGCUCUGCAGCCGCCGCCGCUGCAGCCGGAUAUGGACGAUCACCAGUGGUGGGCUAUGAGUCUCCUCACCCCCACAUGAGGGUACCAGGGUUACCCGCCAGCCUGCAGUCCACUGCCUCAGGGAAACCUGCCUACUCUUUCCAUGUAAGUGCGGAUGGACAGAUGCAGCCGGUGCCUUUCCCUCCAGACGCCCUGCUGGGCCCGGGCAUCCCGCGGCACGCCCGGCAGAUCCACACUCUGAACCAUGGAGAGGUGGUGUGUGCCGUUACCAUCAGCACCUCCACACGCCACGUCUACACCGGCGGCAAGGGGUGUGUCAAGGUGUGGGACAUCAGCCAGCCUGGCAGCAAGAGUGCCAUGGCCCAGCUCGACUGUCUGAAUAGGGAUAACUACAUCCGCUCCUGCAAACUCCUCCCUGAUGGCCGGACCCUCAUCGUUGGAGGCGAGGCCAGCACACUGUCAAUCUGGGACUUGGCCACACCCACUCCCCGCAUCAAGGCGGAGUUGACGUCUUCUGCCCCGGCCUGCUACGCUCUGGCCAUUUCCCCCGACAACAAGGUCUGCUUCUCCUGCUGCAGCGACGGAAACAUUGUAGUCUGGGACCUGCACAACCAGACCCUGGUUAGGCAGUUCCAGGGCCACACUGACGGGGCCAGCUGUAUUGACAUCUCCAACGAUGGGACCAAACUGUGGACGGGGGGGCUGGACAACACAGUACGUUGCUGGGACCUGAGAGAGGGACGACAGCUGCAGCAGCACGACUUCACCUCACAGAUCUUUUCUUUGGGCUACUGUCCUACAGGAGAGUGGCUGGCAGUGGGCAUGGAGAGCAGUAACGUAGAAGUGCUGCAUGUCUCCAAACCAGACAAGUACCAGCUGCACCUCCAUGAGAGCUGUGUGCUCUCCCUCAAGUUUGCCUACUGUGGCAAAUGGUUUGUGAGCACAGGCAAAGAUAACCUUCUGAACGCAUGGCGGACACCCUAUGGAUCAAGCAUAUUCCAAUCAAAGGAGUCGUCUUCUGUGCUCAGCUGUGACAUCUCCCCUGAUGACCAGUUCAUUGUGACAGGCUCGGGUGACAAGAAGGCCACUGUGUACGAAGUCAUCUACUGAUGAGGGAGCACUCUGAUUGGAUAAAGUGGGGGUGAGGCUCCCUUGGCGCACCAAUGGACUGUAAAGAGAGUGGUGGGCGUCGUGGAGACCAGAGACACAUUGUACUUUGUUUUAUUUACUUUCGUAAAGGAUGCAGAUGAGGGUGAAGUCGAAUAUCUGGAACUUUGACCUUAAAAAAAAUAUACUCAGAAAAAGCUGGUAGUCGAGCGACACAAAACGUGGGAUUCCUCCAAAGACCUCUGAUUUUCCCUCACCUUUUUUCUCUUUUUUUUACAAAAUGAAAAAACAUAUUUUUUUAGCCUUAGAAUUCAUGACGAGCAGUAGGACCAUGAUGUGUGCACAGAGGGAGAUAAGGGGGUUGUGAGUGCUGGGGGGGUGUGUGUGUGUGUGUGUGGGUGACUACAGUUUUGUGUGUAGCCUUACCCAGUCUCUGCUCGUAUCACUGUCUGUCUGUACUCAUCUCGCAGAUGGCAUGGCGGACAGACAGUUUGCUGUGAGAUUCCAAUGACUAAAGGUGGUUAGAUUCAGCAGCAAUAUGAUUGUAUUGUAAUACAUGAUAAAAGGACAGAACACUAUCCAGAAUACAAAACUAAAAUUUGUGUUCACAGUAUUCUGCAAUUUCAGGGAAAUGGCUACUUACAUCAACAUUCAACAAUUACAUGUUUUCUAUUGUAUUUGUUAGGGCACAUAGACAGGUAUUUUCACUACUGCAUCGUGACCUUUGAACUCAGUAUAUAUCAACUGUAAAUAAAGCUCUCUGAAGGCAAAAAAAAAGACAUUCGUGGGUCGGAUUUGCUUAGAGCCGAGGAUAAAAAGAAAUGGAAAAACAACUAAAUUGUAUGAUGGUUUGUACAUUGUAGUUGAGUAACUUUUCAGUGCAUAUUCCCAAGAGCAGCAGGACUGUGACUAACCACCAUACAGGGCUGAUGGGUCUGGAAAGGUUGGUAAGAUGUCUGCAGCCACACAGCUUAGUGGGAGCUUUGAUAUGAGUCUGGCUGACUGUCUGCUGCUUUUAAUGUCAUUGAGUCCUUAACUGGAAGUGUGGCUGAGGAGGACCUGCCACUAACUUCAGUGUCCUCUCAACCCUUCCCUACACACCCUGUGUAUUCGCUCUCUUUAGUACAGCUUUGCUCAGAACAGAAGCCUCAACCAUGAGUAGGUCUCAUAUCCAAAGGUGGACAUGUUCCAUGAGUGGGGAGUUCUGCAUGUGUACAGAUGGAUAAUGAUAACACAAUGUGUUCAAAGCUACUGUGUGCCCCCCUGUAAAAUCUGAAUGGUCUGAAGAGUACUUGUUGCAUAUAGCAGCGAUGUCAUGGAGGCCCAUGUCUUUAUAAUGUACUCAUUAGGAGUGGGAUGAAGUGGCCCUGGCCUAGACAUUUACCUGGAGGAGCUGGUGAUUUAUGGGAUGAUGGAGGUAUUCUCUAGAUGGGGAGCUGGUGUGUACUGGCCAAGGAAUGGACCUGUGGGCUAGGUGAAAGACGUUAGGGCUGGGGGAAUGAUGUGGGCAAGAGUAGAUCUAGGUGAUGUAAUGAAGACCAAUAAACUAUUUUGUAUGGUU